CUUUAAACAAGAGCAGCAAAAUAGUUGUGCAGUUAAGACACCAGCUGCUUUGGAAGCAAGGCUGCAUGGAGAGCGAGGAUGGCUUUACCAAAGGUGAUCCGGUUGGCUGUUGUUCUUUUGGUAAUAUGUUGCGCUCUGGACAAGCCUGGAUUCAGACGCUCUGUGUCCGUCUUCUUUGAGGGACUGACGGCUGUUAAAUCACCCAGCAUUCAUGUUAGAGAGAAAAGAGAAACUUUUACAAAUUUCACUGAUUACGAGUUCCAAGUUGUUGUAAGUCUGUCUGAGCUGGAGAUUCUUCAGACGGUUCUCAACAACCUCAGUUUUCCCAUCGCCAUCAACAGCACCAGUGAGAUGUCCAACAUUCACGCCACGACAGUGUGUUCACGAAAUAUAAGUGGGUACCAGUGUGUGUGUGAGGAGAACUUUGCCUGGUCUUAUAACAGCUGUAUCACCUACGGAGUGUGUGACGCCAUCGUCGGUGACGCAUGUGGCUGCAUUAACGAGCUUCCAGCUGACGGUCAGUUCUGCCAGGUGAACAGCAGCCAAACAGUCACGACCCAAACACCGUCCUCUACGACAGCUCCAGAAACCUCAGCCAUCCUGACAACCACAUCAUCGCCUCCACCUUAUGAAACAUUGAUCGUCAUGUCAACUGCAUCAUCUCCAACACUUUAUGAAUCACAGGACAUUGGCAUUGUUCUUGAUUUGCACAUCCCGUUCUCCGACGUUCCACCCGAUGUCCUUGAUUUGACAAGAAUGGCUUUUGAAAAUAAAACAUUUCCUGUGGCCCUCUCACAGUUUGUAGAAUUGAUAGAAUUAAAUCUGACGACAGCCUGCUCUCCAAACGCCACUGAUGGACUGAAGUGUGAAUGUGAGGAUGGCUAUGCUUGGCCGUGUGACAUGUGCAAUGGAAACAAUUCAUGCAAAGAUGUCAGCAGUCAAACGUGUGCAUGCAAAUAUGGCCUUCUUUCCAGUGAAGAGUUCUGUCAACCAAUCACAGACAUUGAUUUGUGUCCCACAAGUUCUCCAGAAAUAACAAUAGUGACAAAUGCAACAGCGCCAGAAAUAACAACAGUGACAAACGCAACAACGCCAGAAAUAACAACGGUGACAAACGCAACAACGCCAGAAAUACCAACAGUGACAAAUGCAACAACACCAGAAAUAACAACAGUGACAAACACAACAACCCCAGAAAUGACAACAGUGACAAACGUAACAAUGCCAGAAAUAACAACAGUGACAAAUGCAACAACGCCAGAAAUAACAGCAGUGACAAAUGCAACAACGCCAGAAAUAACAGCAGUGACAAAUGCAAUUACACCAGAAAUACCAACAGUGACAAAUGCAACAACGCCAGAAAUAACAACAGUGACAAACGCAACAACGCCAGAAAUAACAACAUUGGAAAACACAACAAUGCCAGAAAUAACAACAGUGACAAUUGUAACUACACCAGCAAUACCAACAGUGACAAACGCAACAACGCCAGAAAUAACAACAGUGACAAACGCAACAACGCCAGAAAUAACAACUGUGACAAAUGCAACUACACCAGAAAUAACAACAGUGAAAAGCGCAACAACCCCACAAAUAACAACAGUGACAAGCGCAGCAACCCCAGAAAUAACAACAGUGACACAUGCAACAUCGACAAAUAGAACAAUGAUAUUUGCAGCAACACCAGAAAUGACAACAAACAUCCCAACAGUUGCUACAACUGUAGCCUCUGUUACAAAAGGGACAUUUACUCUUAACAUGGAUUUCAAAGAGUCGUAUAAUGAUGAAAGCAACGCUGUUUAUAAAGACAUUUAUGAUACUACUAAAACAAAGUGUCAGGAGCUUGUGUCAAAAGAUUGUACUGUGAAGAGUCUAACCUUACGGAGUGGAAGUACCAUCGCUGACUAUACUCUCAGUAGUCCUUCUGGGGAUGAAAAACAAUUUGAUUUAGCAAAAGAUGCCAUGUUAAAUCAACUGGCAACGAAGUAUCCUGUGGACUUCGUCAGUGUUGAACAAUUAACUACAUCAGUUAGUCCCGAGACAAUAAUUGCUGGGGUUCCGGUCACCCUGACAUGUGGACCUCCUCCAACAAAUCUGGAUUCAGACCUGACGGUGGAGUGGACACGUUCUGGAACUCUCCUGGACACAGUCAAACCCAGCCAAGACAGAACGUCAAAUUACAAAAUCCAAAAAUUUUUGAAAAUUCAUGAUGGAGUUUAUGUGUGUAAAAUGAAGCGGAAUGACGGUGCCACUUUCACACAGAGCCUCACCUUAACGUCCAAACCAGCACCACAGAUUACCGUGAACCCAGUCAAAGGAACGGUGAAAUGUGGUGGUUCUGUGACUGUGAAGUGUUCUGUUAACACCGGCUACCAGGUUCAAUUUAAAGGCCUGAAUCCUCCAAUUCCUGGUUUGGAAAUCAGCUACACAUACACAGCCCCUGGUGGAUGUAACCAACGGGAAGAGACGAUAACCUGCCAAAUGACAACAAACCCACAGGAUUCUAAAAUAAUAACUCUGGAAUUAAUCGAAGAUGCUCUUUGUAAGGCUAACGAUGUAUUCAGUGCCGGAUCGGUGGGCUUUGUGGCUGUUGCAUCCUGUGAAGCAGGCAAGGUGGGAAACAAGACAGCCGUCUGUAAGGCGGACGGCACAUAUGGAGAAUUCCAAGACAACUGUGUUCUAGAAGUCAUACAGAAUCUGCUCAGUGAGUCGGAGGCAUUGGAUGUGGUUACUCUGCCAGUAUUCUUGGAAGACCUCAAGGGUGCAACUAUCAAUAACUCUCAGACCAUAACUAACUCUCCGGCCACCAUCAGUGCCAUGGUGAAAAUCUUUGCAAAUAUUGGCCAGAGGGCCAAUUCUUUAAAAAUCACGUUAUCUGAGGACUCUACAAAGAAUAUCCUGGAAAGUGCGGGCAUUCUUACCACUGACGCUGCAAAAGGCACAUGGAAUACACUGAACAAUGACAACAGAAGUGAAAGUUCAGAAAACAAAAAUUCCAGCUCUUCAUUUUUGAGCGCCUUUGAAGUGAUAACAUCCCUCGUCGUCAACAAACCUUUAAUCAUAGAAACACAGUAUAUUCUUUUCACCAAAACUAACUUCACAAACAGUUUCAAGGAUGACUUGAAUUCCUCCGUGGAAAUAGACAUACCAGAAGCCGAGGGAAGCAGGCAGUCAGUCGCAGUAAUAUUAUUUGCUUCCAUGGACAACGUGCUUCCUGCAAGAGAAAGCGUGAACACAUCGUCCAGCGUCAUAAACGGCAAGGUGGUGCUUAUUCAGCCAGAAUCAGACAUUAACAACAUAUCGAUAGCAUUUGAUGUUCUGAAUGAGACCCUGGGAAAGCCUAAGUGUGUUUUCUGGGAUUUUAAUCUGGUUGAUGGUCUUGGAGGAUGGAGCGAUGAAGGCUGCUCAUUUGUACUCAAUGAAAACGGGACAGUCAGGUGCAGAUGCAACCAUACCACCUCCUUCUCCAUUCUGAUGUCACCCGACAGCCCAAAGGAUAUUGUGUUGGACUUUAUAACCUACAUUGGAGUCGGCCUAUCCAUGGGCUCCCUGGUUGUAUGUCUCAUCAUUGAAGGCAUCGCAUGGAGAAAAAUAAGAAGACAUUCAACAUCGUACUUGCGUCACGUCUCCAUCGUCAACAUCGCAGUGUCUCUCCUGAUUGCAGACAUUUGGUUCAUUAUUGGAGCGGCCAUUUCAAACACGAAAAGUGCGCCGGCCUGCACAGCCGCUACCUUCUUCAUCCACUUUUUCUACCUGGCCCUGUUCUUCUGGAUGCUGGCCUCUGCCCUGCUGCUGCUCUACCGGACUCUCAAUGUCUUUGAGGGAGGGCUGUCUAAACUAACCAUGCUGAUCAUCGGAUUCUCUUUGGGAUAUGGCGCGCCGCUGAUCAUUGCGACUAUAACUAUAGCUUCAACUGCUCCCUCGAACGAGUACAUCCGGGAAAAUGUCGUCUGUUGGCUCAACUGGAACCAGUCCAAAGCUCUGCUGGCCUUCGUGGUCCCUGCUCUCCUGAUAGUGGUGAUAAACUUAAUCAUUCUGAUUGUGGUGUUGUACAAAAUACUGAACAGGAGAGGUGGAGCAAACGCAGCCCAAACAGAAGAGAAGAGCGUUCUGUACGUGAUAGCCAGGAGUUUGGCUGUGCUCACGCCGUUGUUUGGACUGACUUGGGGUUUGGGAGUCGGCGUCAUGGUCAGCCCAAAAAACAGAGCGAUACACAUCACGUUUGCAUUGUUCAACUCAGUCCAGGGAUUCUUCAUUCUGGUGUUUGGGACACUGUUGGACAAAACGGUGCGCUCAGCGAUGACCAUAUCUCAGGGAUCUUCCUCGCUCAGCAGGACAACAAGCACCAGCGCCAGAACGUUUUCCAGUGGAGUGAGCAAGUUUUUCAGCAAGCUGAAGAAACCAAGACGUUCUACCAGGGGCUACCACACGUCUUCUGAUGGAUCCAACACUUAAUCCAAUGCAAAGUUGAGCAAAUUCAAAUAUUAUUAUUUGAUCAGAUUAAUUCUCAUCAAGUUCGAUUUGCUUGUUAAUGGAUUGUGAACAAAUGAAGGAAACUGAAUCCACUGCUUUCAGCAGCUGCUACUUGUAAUAAUAAAUCUUCACAUAAUGUGUCCAUGUCUUUUUAAAAUGUAUAAUAAUCUGCAGUAAUAUCUGUUUGUAGACAUUUUUAAUCCCAACUCUUGACAAAAAUGUUUCCUUUGUUUCUUAUGGUCAAAAAAAGUGCAAAUUAUGUUAAAUAUUGAGAAGCUUACAUCACAUUAUUUUAAAUAAACAUAUAAUAUAAAAAGUAGAUGCAGAAAAGUCGCAUUUUUGCAAAGUUUCCCAAAUCACUUUAGUCCAAUAAUGACUCUAAUAUGACAUAAUACUUCUAAUAUCAAUGUGAAGUAAUGAAUUUUAUUCCAUAAGUAGCUGAUGACUCUUCCCUGUUUCAUAAAAUGCGUGUGUGUAGGUGAGUGUGUAGGUGUGCGUGUGCGUGCAUGUGUGUGUGUGUGUGUGUGCGCAUUGGGAUGAAGAGUGUAGAAAUCCUUUUUGACAGGAUGGUGUGUGUUAUACUUUUAUAAAAGUACUCUAUAUUUUAUUUAUUAAUGUCUUCCCAAACCUAAAUAUUCUUGUACAGAAAUGUCAUUUCUCGCGCCUUUCUGCUUUCAUUUUGUUUUUCUCUUGAAUAAAUUCAUCGGCCGGAGUCAAAGUUAGAGGACUAAACUCACGUAACUGGUUCUUGACAAGAAAAAAAAAACACCCUGGCAUCUUCAGUAUCCAGCAGUCUUAAAGCUGCUGGAUACUGAAAUGCCUGUGGUGUAAGUUCAAACAGAGACACUGAAGUACUUUCAGUAUCGCAUGAAGGAAAUGAAAAUGGUUUCAGACCAUAUGUUGUGUAUCAGUAUCUGGUAUCGAUCAUGUUGGCACUGAGUUUUUAUCGGUUUGUUCUCUUCUCCGAAAUCAACACUGAAUAAUUUGUGGCUUGUAGGCAACUAUAAACCUGAGAGAUCCUCGGAUCCCAGUAGAUCAGCUGUUUUCAAAUACAACCAGCCCAUCUGGCAACAAAGUCUAUGCUACAUUUAAAGAUCUAUGAAUGCGUCAAACGCAAUAAAUCACGUACUGUUGUAAAACCCUUGUAACAUAUAUAUCUGUGUGACACAUGUAUUGAGGUCUGGCCUAAUUUUAUAUUUUAUACAGUAUUACUGUUUAUUUAAGACAGCAAAUUAUGACAGUUCAUUCUGUUAUUGUGUACAUGGCGUACAUAAUGCUGUAUUGAAUAACUAUGAGUUGACUGAUAAUGAUGUAUUUUUCCUCAUAGGUUUUUUGACUGGUCUCAGUGUCUCCUCUAAUGCAGUGGUCCCAAACCUCCUUCCUUCACCACCCCGCCACUCCCACCCUCACCUCUCUACACUGUAACCCUCGCAUGGAAAGCGCACGGCAACAGUGAAAGAAAACUGUUGCUUUUAUUUCGACUGUUGAUGUGAAACGGAGAUCCAACUUUUGCUUGCAUAUUUUCGUGGGAAUCAGAUUUAACUGCUAUAGAGUGACGCAUCUCAUGUGCCAAAAAUCUGUAAUUGUCAACUGAUCAGUAUUUGUGUUGACAUCUGUAGAGCUGUGCUGGACUCCAGCCAAGGCCACUGAUAAGCUUCCACUACCAGACAAUGGUGGGAACAGACGUAUAACGCUUAGUGCACACACGCUCGCAUAUAUUCUUUAUGGCUUAUUGAGCUUCUGUGCAGCAGUAAUAAAAAUGCAUUGUGAUUCUGAUUAUGUACCAAAGCCGGAUUGAAUACAAGAUUAAAACUUGUAUUGUGCUUUUAAAUGAACAUUUAAACUGGCAUGUUGAAUGUUAAGCUUUCAAUCACUCAUUUAACAUUGACAUUUUUAUGAAAAAUAAAAGUAAUGAUUGUCUAA